GUUAAUGGUUGAAUAUUUUUCACGGCCAACAUUAUUUCCAUUGUGGCUAAAGAGGCAUUAAGAUUAUCUAUUUAUUUGUAUGUAUUUGUUUUUUCGAAAUUGAAAUGAUUUAAAAAGUUCAAAUGAGUCUUGUAAAUUAAAGAAACGUCAAAUAACGUUAAAAUAAACACGGAAUAGUUUUUCGCCAGCAGGGGGCGGUAGUCUAUAACAGAAACCCGCCAAAUUAUGGCUCGACGUAGAAGAAGAAAACUUUGUCCAAUCACACGCUGCGGCAGGCGCCAAAGGGAAGAGAGGUAAGACUAGUACAACAUUGUACCGGACUGGAAACCUGCAGAAAGGUAAAUAUGCACUUGUGUCUUUAAUAUUUGUAUUUCUAAUGCUUUUUGUUUUAUACUACCACUUAUCAUGUAUCAGGUCAACGGUAUACAUAAGCGUGGCAAAAGAAAACAUGUUUCGGUUGUGAGGGAAAGAGUUCACAGUCCUGUCUUCACCAGCAUCAGUGUUUGAUCAGCUAUAGACACCUCUGUGAAAUAAGUAGGGGAGAGUGGGGUAAGAUGAGUCAUUUAUCAUAUUUCGGAUCACUACAUCAAAGUAAUCAUAGUUUGGUCUCUAACUAGUGUAUCUGCAUAAAUUUCAAAAUGGUAUACAUCCCUGCAAACCAACAGAAAGAGUUUAAACACAACUGUCUUGAUAAUAUAGCAUGCCAAAAAAAAGUGGGCUAAGUUGAGCCGUAUCCCCACUCCAAGCAACAGGGGGUGGCUCAACUUACCCCAGUCUCCCCUAUAUACCUCAGACAUUGUUUUAAGCCCUCAAAAAGUAUUGCUAUUUAUUCCUUGAUAAAUUACUUUUGCUGUCACUACAAGCUGUAGGAUACUCAUUAUUAUGAACUCAAUGGCAUCUUCUUAAUAAGCAGAAUUUAAAGACAACCUGGGAGUUUUUUUAACCUUUCUAUUUGACUUUGUGAAAACGCAAAUGUGGUUCAAGAAUAAUUUCAAAGUUAAUUUUGCGUUUAAUGUUGUCCUCCUGUCUCCCCUGGUCUAAGGAUGUCCUGUAACACCAGUGUAACACGAGUGCAGCUCCCGCCAGCAGUGGACCAAGUACCAAGAGUCCCUGUUCACUUGAUGCCCUGUGAGAUUGAACACGACGGGCCAGCUCAGGUUUCUCAGUACUUAACUGCUACUACGAAAGACUGUAAACAAGGUACACGCUUAACGUAAAACAACAAAUAGUCACGUUGAAUGGGUUUUAAGAGGUUUCUUAAUUUUUAAGAGAAGAAAAAUAUGUUUAUCAUUAGUGCAUUUUUCCCUUUACAGAGAAGACUGUGUCAUUCAGAGGACGAGGGUUGAAGGGACAGGAGCUCAGCUGUCCACAAGGCUACACUGGAUUAGUGCUCAAAGAGAUCAACAAACCCGGCUCUGACCAAGAGGUUCACAACCCAAUAUGACACUAACAGUUCACAUUGAGCAGGAAAUCUAGUUACCAUGUCUGUGUGAUGCUAAAUUGUACCCAUAUAUGUGUGUCUAGGACAGGACAGUGAAAUUAACCUCUACGUUUGACAAACUGACCUACUGGAACCUCGAGACACCGACGAACUCUGACGACACAGUUGUUAUGGCAAUGGAUUGGCCAGAGUUGGCAGAGGCGGUGAGUUAGUUUUUAAAGCUACUCUGAUAAGACUUGAUAGAUUUGACACAUUGAUUCAGUCCCUCUUACAUCAUGAUAAAAAUGACAAGUUAACAACAGUUAUUUAUUAGAAUAUACUGUGGUUGCAAAUAAAAGGACACUGAAAUUUUACAUCUUCACAGAUCCACGGGCCGGUGGAGGACUGAAGAGAGACAAAGUUCACUUCCGCAUGUUACAAAAAACUGGUGACCAGCUACAGUCUGUGAGAAUACUCUAGAAAUCAACUGUUACUGUGGCAGAGCAAUAAACAACAGGUGUUUAUAUUUUUAUGUUUUUGAGGAGAAAUAAAAAAGGAGUUGUUGAACACCUGUGCUUUAUGUAACUCAAUGAAACAUAUUUACACAUCAUUUUCACUUAACUAUGUACUCACAAGUAGACUCUGCACACAGGCUAACACAGUACUGUCCACAAAAUCACUGUAAAACUUCUCCCUCACUUCACCAGUAAAUGAAGGCUGAAAUAGCUCAACAUAACGCAACUCCUUACAACUUCCAAGUGACCAAACUGGAGCUGCAGAGCAAAAUCUUUUCACAAAAUAUCUGGCGAAUUCAGAAGUUUGGACAACAAACCACAAAUUCACAAUAUGCCCUCACAUAACAUGGUCACUGUCACUUUGAUAAGUGAUAAAUCACUUCAGUAUUUUCUGCUCGAAUGCCUUAGGUGAACAUUCAUUUUUAUUUUAACACUGAAUUCCUUGAACACAACUUACUGUCAAAGAAACUACUUAUAGAAGAAUUAAUAACAUAAAAUACAUAAGUGGCAUCACGCCCAGUACUGUCUAUCGUCUCAUGGCCUAAGAUUUAACAACUUGUAGAAAAUAUCAGUGACUUUUUCUUUUGUAAAUGAAAAAGUGAUGAGACAUUCAGGCCCCUUUUUUUAAGAUUAAAAAAAUUAAUCCAU